GCGCUUCCUUGGCUUGCUGACUAUGUAAAAACAAGGGUUCGUUUUCCGGGUGUGUGCACCUCACCCAGUAACCGGUGAUAUUUUCGAAAAUUAAACACUAUCAAGUUGUAAGUGGUGAAUAUUUUCGGAUGGCGAUUUAACAUCGUUCUAGGGAUACCUGUCUUGGUCUGUUGUGACAAAUUCAUGGAGGAAGCCCUGAAGUUUUAGGAAUAACUUCAACCACAGAAAAUUGAGUUCCCGGAGGGGGAAAAAUCAACAAAACAACUGAAAAAGAAAAGUUUGAAUUACUUCACUCUCAGCAUCCUGUAAUAUGCUUGAAAUUGAUUCAGAUGUACUUUCUGGAGCACGGAGUCUAGCCUUAGACUAAUCCAAAAACCACAGACAUACAACUAGAUUGCACUCAGUUUUUUUCCACAAGAAUCUUAUUUACUGAAGGUCCUAAUUCUUCUAGCAAAAAUGCUGGAAUAAAGACUUCAAUAGCUGCUUGCUGAAAUUUCUUCCUGACAGAGUAUAUCACGUUGUUUUCAGUAUAUUCUCAACAUUCAACAUCUUUGGAACCUUUCUGCUAUAAGAAGUUAUUUUUCUUUCAAUGAUGAAUAAGAAGUGGAAGAAAACUACCAUAUAAAUAACUACUCAAAUUUAUUUUCAUGUUCCUAUGAAUGUGUAAUAAUGUCAAUGAUUUUUUCCCCAAUUCAGGUUCCCAGUGCCGGUUCCGACACUGCGAAGAGGCCCUUGGCAGUGAGGCUGUGUGCUCAUUAUGGAGAGAGAAAAAAUGUUUAGAUCCACUUUGCAGAUUUAGACACAUGGAAAUGCAGCAAAACUGCAGCAUUUCAUGCUUCUGGGAAACUCAACCUCUUGGUUGUGUGAAGAUCAGCUGUAUCUUUUAUCACAGCAAACCUCGAAAUAUCAAUGGAUUAUUUUUGCCACCAAGUAGCAAUAUAACACUUCAGAAAGACAAUGAGGAAAGAAUUCCAUCCCCGACUCAGAGUCAGGAGCCUUUGAAACCUCAGGAAAAUAUAUCACGACCCAUUCAUGAUCCUUUAGUUUUAAAAACUAACUUUGAGGAAGAAGAGGAAGAAGAAGAGGAGCAAAAAGAUUAUUUGGAUUUGGAACACUUUAAUUUAAAAGAAAUAUGUCCUGUAGAUGCUUCUAGUUUGUGGACAAGGACUCCUGAAGAAAUAGAAGAAAAAAGAGUAAUAAAGGAGAUGUGUUAUAAAUCCGGCGAAUACUAUAGAUUUCAUGCUCCUGCAGAUACUCCGGCAUCAAAAAGCACAGCUCCUACAGUGGAGAAAGAGCUAGAAAAGCCUUCGGAAAAUGGCAGCGAAUUGCAAGAAGGGGAUGGGCUUACAAUUCCCACAAAACUUAACCUUGUUGAAAAGCAAGGUGAAACAAAAGUAUUAUUGGAUGGAAAACCAAGAACAGACAUUGCUGCUUUUGAAAAUGGAGGAGGCGACUGUUCUGUUCCACAAAGGAUUGUAUUUCUUGGAGUAGAUGAAAGUGAAGGUUUAACUGAAGACAAAGGGAUCAUCAUGUCAAAAUGUCCAAAUACCAAAGAUAACAAGGACAGUCCACAUCCAACGCAUUCCUUAACUACCCGACUAGUGCCUACUGUACAUGUAUUAAAUGCGACUGAAAAUAUUAGUGUGAAGUCCAGAGAGGACACCUCCUCAAUAAAUGAUGUCCAGCCAGUGAAAAAGCCUCAUUUCAAAGGUGUGAAAAAAAGAAAAUGGAUUUAUGAUGAGCCAAAGAACAUUUCUGGCUCUGGAAUGCGAAGAGUACAAGCCCCAAAUCAAAAAAAUAAACUGAAUUACCAUCAUCACAAUAAAAACAGAAAUGCUGACAAUGCAUCCUGUGUCCAUGUCCGAAGAGAUGCUGUCAGGACUGUCCCACUGAGCGCACCUCCCUGCAGCAGACACACAAAUGGACCCCAUACUAAAGCUGACGUUCACAAGGAACCCCAAGUCCACGUCUGUCCAGACAAACACACGUCAACGUCAUAUAAUGGUUCAGCCUGGAGGAAAAGAAUUCCUUUUUCAAAAUCAUAUUCAAAAACUGAAAAGAUAUAUCCAGAGCCAAGAAGAAAUGGAAGCAAGUAAACUUGAAGGUUGAAAGAAGAAAAAAAUGAGAAAAGAGAAAAUGCCAGCCAUCAUCUGAUUGACAAUCAAAAAUGAAAAUUCAAAGAAUGAGAUAUUCAAGUACUCCAUACUGUAUACUGGAUAGCCAAAGAUGAUAAAAUGCAAGUAAGAAGCAGGAGUUACAUCGUGCUUUUUCGAAACUGAUAAAAGUGCAAAUUACAAGCAGCUGCCUGUGUAUUUGUAUAGGUCUGGAAUUCAUUCAAUGCA